AUGCCGCUCCCCCGACGCACCCGCCAGGCUUGCGACAGAUGUCACGGCCAAAAGCUGCGAUGCCCGAAGCAAGCUGGCUCUGCCAUUUGCGCUCGUUGCUCCAAAGCCCACGUCCCCUGCGUCUACAGCGCCGCCGGUCCCCAAACCACCCCUGGCCAUCUGAUUGCCGAACCUCCUACUCCUUUAGACUGGGACGCCUUCUCUUUCGACCACCUUCUGGGCCCCAACGCCAUCUCGCAAAUCGACCUAUCUGUUGCCCAAGAGGAAACCUCAUCGUCGCAGAUCACAUCCCAAUGUCUCUCCGACCCAAGAUCGCAAUGCUUCGACAAGCUAGCCACCAUGAUGGCCAAGCUGAAUGAAGCAUUCAACGCUCUGCCUCCUGUCUCCAAGCUUCACGUUCCAGGUCCGCACCUUGAGCUGUUCUGCUUACAAGUUAAAGACUCGUACGGACUGAGGCAGUCGCUCGAGAUAAUGCUCAGUCAAACCCAGGACCUAGUCGACUUGUAUCCCAACGCAAUCAAACUCGCCGUUGAGCACACCAAAGUCCCCAACUGCUCCAUUCCAGACUGCGUACAUACAUACCAGCCUCAGCACGACUUUGGUCAAGAUCCAUUCGAAACAACAUCGCGCAUAGAUUUUACUCUUUUGAAUCAGCUGGUCUCCUGCCACUACCGCAUACACGAUAUCACUGAACUCAUUUUCUCUCACGCCCAAGUCUGUUUCAGCAAGUUUCUCGUCUCAGAACACCACGAGGGCGAGGGCGAGAGGCACCAGUUCGAUAUACCCGAUCUUCGCGUUGGAUCUUUCACACUUUCCCCCGGAUCAUCACCUUCCGUCAUUACAGCUAUCCUGGUCGACCUGCAAUCCUCACUGGCUCGUUGCGUUCCUAAACUACAAUCUACGAUUGCUGGAGACCCAACCACGGAAUGCCGCGUCAUCUACCUGCAAUGCGACAUGCUCAAAGACCGCACGGAGUCCAUCAUUCAGCGCUUCUUGAAGUUGAGAGAGGCCAUCACCAAAGCGGGCCUAAUAACCUAA